GUGAAGGUGGAGAGUGGAAACAUUGGUUUAUUUGAUUUUUUUUCUCUUUGUUUUGUAUUUUAAAGCAAACUUCCUCCAUGUGACUCAGACAGCAGCUAGCAGUGAGCCAGGAGCUGCGUGCUUUGAUCCCACCCUCACCUGCUACAGGCAGAGGGGAACGAUCUUCCUCAUGGACAACCUGAGCCUCCAUCCUGAUCCAGUCACAAAGUAACGUCUUCCUGCUGCAAAGGUCUCUAUCCUGCUCCUCCACAGGCUCCUCCCACCGCCUCCAUCAGCGGCUCUACCUGAGCAGGAAGCCAGCUGUAUGCCUCAGAGGUAGGAUGGUUCAACCACAGGUCCCUGAAUGCAGCACCGUAGUGGCUUUUGGUGGAAACCCCCACUGGAUCAGAACCUGUAGAAGAACUGAGCCUGGAGUGAGAGUGGGGAUCAGGAAGUCUGCCUAGAAUGGCUGCUCUCUCCUGGCUCCUGGCUUUGCUGCUCUGCCUUGGAUCCUCCAUGUUUCUUUCUGCUGAUCAGCUGAUCAGAGCUGAACCUGGACAGACGGUUCUUCUGCCAUGUGGACUUUACAGCAGGAACCCAGUUCUGGUUGCAGAGUGGAGCAGAACUGAUCUGGGAUCAGAUUAUGUUCUUCUGUACCGAGAUGAGCAGAUUGAUCCAUCUAAUCAGCAUCCAUCCUUUAUGAACCGAGUGGACCUGAAGGACAGAAACAUGGAGGAUGGAGACGUCUCUGUGGUUCUGAAGGACGUGGGGACUGAGGACAAAGGAACGUAUGAAUGUAGAGUGGUUCAGAGUGGAACAGGCGGCAGUAUGGAGCUCAUCACCAGCAUCUACCUGGACGUAGAGGCUCCUCCUCCUCCGGCAGGGAACCAGGAUGAACAGAAGGAUGGAGAAGGCGAGGAUGGAGGAGGCGAGGAUGGAGGAGGCGAGGAUGGAAGAGGCAAGGAUGGAGGAGACGAUAUGGGACUGAUAGUUGGAAUCCCAGUUUAUCUCAUUAUCAUUAUAACUGUAUCUGUAGGUUUUCUGCUCUAUAAAAAACGUAAAUAUUUGUUUAAAAAGAACCGUCGUCCUUCAGAAACAGAAGAUCAGCCUUUAAAUGCUGAAAACCAUCCAGAGGAUUAAUCCUCUGCAUCCUUGGUUUCCACCAGGAGGUGAUUUCAAUCUCAGUAACGGAGCAUAAAGUCCAGCUCUAUCAGUUUAUCUUAAAAAUAACCCUACAGCCUCUUUCUGCUGAAAUAUCGCAUCAAACCAGGUUUUUUCAACCUGCUAACAAUCAGCAUAUGGUUCCCUUCCCACUGGCAGAAAAAGCCAGUCUAACCCCUCACUGGCAGCUGCAUGGCCUCCCUGUGGCUGCAUGUCUGCUGACAUCAUCACACUGGGUUAGUGUUGAUGAUGUCACCAGUGUGACAGAAAUCAGGAAAGUAAACAAUGGAGUGCAGCAUGUAAGGAAGCCAGGGCGUAGUCAGUGUGCGUUAUUGUUUCUCUCUAUUAUCUGUCUGGAUCCCUCUCACCAGAGCAGCUCCACGUUUAAAGCUGCUUUAUUUUAUCCUUGUGAAAGGGGUAUAUCAGAGGGUUUUUGUUUACAGCAGAGAACGACUCGUAUGUCAGAAACUGCCUGAAAUAAUCCUUGAACAGUUGCACCUGCAGCUUCCUCUAAAUGUUUUAAUCCUUUUCUAUGCUGUUUAUUCCUUCAUCAGUUCUUCUAACCUGAAACCUUCAUGUUUGGCUCUAAAACCUCUAAAUGCUUUUAAAGUUUAUUCAGAGAAAGUGAGUUUGGCUCCAUUCCCUCUGCAGGUCAAUGUGGCUCUAAUCUGGUCAUUUGGGAUCCAGUGAAUCAGAUCAGGCUGUUUAGAGCAGUGGGAACGCUCUGAUCUGGAUCCUAUCAGACUUUAAGUCACAUUUCAGCUUCUUUUAUUUCCUCAUGGGGGCAUUAAAGCUUGGAUGGAGCUACAUUUCCUCCAUUUUAAUGGAGAACAGGCAGAGGUGUUUGUUUUUGGAGCUAGUGGAGCAUCUCAGUCUCCUCCAUCAAUCUUGGCCCCCUAGCAAUAAUGAGCCCACAGUCCCAAAGCUGGGUUUAAGGUGGACAGUGAAUUUAAAGCUGAGAGUCGAUUAAAGGCCGCAGUGAAGUGAAGCUUUUCCCAGAUCAGAAAAACAGCAGAAAUCAAAUCCUUUCUUUCAGGCAUCAGAUGGAAACGAUCCUCCAGGCCUUCAUUUCUUCAUGGUUGUUUUAUCAGCCAGUCUUUAUUUGGACAUCUGCUGCUGCCUGACCUCUGACCCCUCCAUCACUGUAUAGACCACUUUAUAGUGAACUGAUCAUUCAGACUGAUGAUCACUGCUUUUCACUCCCUGUUGGUGACGUGACUCCGCCUCCCCGUACAACGCCGCCACCAUCUUUGUUCUUUCUCGCCCUCCAAAUUAAUCCCAUGACGCUUUGCAAGCAGAGCUGUUGCAAAGCAUGCUGGGAUAUAUCUGCUCACCUAGAGACCAUGGCCAAGUUUAAAUUCAUGGGAUGCGUCCUCUGAUGUAUCCU